CACUUUGUAUUGUCUUUCCAGGAGCCAGUUGUUCUGACCGAUACAAAUUUGGUAUAUCCUGCCCUGAAAUGGGACCUGGACUAUCUUCAGGAAAACAUUGGGAGUGGGGACUUCUCCGUUUACAAAGCAAGCACUCACAAGUUUUUGUAUUACGAUGAAAAGAAAAUGGCAAAUGUUAAGAACUUCAAGCCAAAGUCAAGCAGGGAAGAGAUGAAAUUUAGUAAUUUUGUUGAGCAGCUCCAAGAAAUCCAGCAGCAGGGUAGUGGAGAAAGAUUGUAUCUGCAACAGACUCUAAAUGAUACAGUUGGGAGGAAAAUUGUGGUGGACUUCCUCGGCUUUAAUUGGAAUUGGAUUAAUAGGCAGCAGGCAAAACGAGGCUGGGGUCAGCUGACAUCCAACUUGUUAUUGAUUGGCAUGGAAGGAAAUGUGACUCCAGCUCAUUAUGAUGAACAGCAGAAUUUCUUUGCUCAGAUUAAGGGAUACAAGCGGUGUAUCCUGUUCUCCCCUGACCAGUUUGAGUGCCUGUAUCCCUAUCCUGUGCAUCAUCCAUGUGACCGGCAGAGUCAGGUUGACUUUGACAACCCUGACUACGAGAGGUUUCCAAAUUUCCAGAAUGUAGUUGGAUAUGAGACUGUGGUUGGCCCAGGCGAUGUCCUUUAUAUCCCUAUGUACUGGUGGCAUCAUAUUGAGUCUUUGCUGAAUGGAGGAACGACCAUAACUGUGAAUUUUUGGUACAAGGGUGCCCCAACCCCCAAAAGGAUUGAAUAUCCUCUUAAGGCUCAUCAGAAGGUGGCAAUAAUGAGGAACAUAGAGAAAAUGCUGGGCGAGGCCCUUGGAAACCCCCAAGAGGUGGGUCCUUUGUUGAAUAUGAUGAUUAAGGGGCGGUAUGACUAAUCCUUGGCCACUGCAGUGACGGAUGUUGGAGCUGCUUCUUCAGGUGGAAGAUACUGAGUGUUAGUUUUGCACACAGCACUUAAAGACUGAAGGGCUCCUGGCCCAGUUCUUCUACAGUCCACACCCACAGUUCUUCUACACGCCACACCUCCCAUUCAUCCCUCUUUCAACUUCUCUGAAUCAUUUGGAAUGCAUGCUUACUAAACAAAAACCCACCAGCAAGAACUCUUGUGUUCCCUGAUUGCCAGGUUGCAGAGCUUGAUACAUGGUACCUAACUGAUGCUUCAGAUACGACAAAAUACAUAUAAGAAGGAAAACAGUUCAAGCUGAUAUCACCACCUCUCGGGCACAUCCUCCUAAUAGGGUAUCUGAUGUUGUAUGAAGGGAUAGAUUUAAAUUCAGGUUUAAAAUCAGGAGUCUGUCAGAACGGGAGGGAGCAUUAGGCCACAUAAUACUCUGGUUGUGUUUUGUUUACGCAGUAGAAACAUAUAUAAUGAAUGGCAUCUGUGUGAGAGAGAAGUAGCUAGAAAAAAAAUCAACAUUUUAAUCUUCCUUUUUUACCUCAGCAUUAGAAAACAUCCACCUCAAAGUUAUCUCAUCUCUAAUCCAUAUUUUGUUAAAGACAGCCUUUCUGACGGAUGGCACAAUGUCUUCAUUUAAAGCACAUUUUUAGUUAAAAGAGGAGGAAGAGCAGACAGUGAUGGAAACCAGUCUUCAGCUUUACUGUGUUAAAGUAACAUAAAAUUCUGCGCCGGACAGGAGAGGGUUUCCUAUAAGACCAAGUGGGGUUCCUAGGUCCUCUUUUCUACUCUCAGGACAAGCCAUAGUGACUGCCCUUUAUCAACAAAAUUAGGAUGCAAUGCGGUUCCCUUUCAGCCCCCACCUAGAAAUGUUAAUUCAUUGUGUCCUCUGCCUUCUGCAUCAUUUCAAUGAUGAAUGGAUAGAGAACAGAACACAGCAUAGAUGCAGUAAUAUUCUUUUGGAGUAGGUUUUCUUUAGAUGCUCAAAACCCGCAGUCUUCAUUUCAUGCUGUUAUUUUUUUUCCCCCUGACUGGAGAGAAAUAAGAGUGUCACCGGUAGUAUUUCAGUAUGAUGCCUAAGUUUACUUCAUAAGUUCUGUUGCUUGUCCCUAAGCCACACAGACACUUUCCUAUGAAAUUAAAGAGUUCUGAGGAGGCAUCACUGAAGAUGCUCUGCUUGUCCCAGCAAAAGAGAGGUCACAGCUAGCUUUCUGAGACAACACUAAGCAUGUAUGUACUCUUACUGGGACAGACAACUCUUACUGUUUACUUGUAAUCAGUAGUGGAUGGUGGGAGAGGGGGGCAGGAAGGAAGUUAGUCCUAGAUUCCACUGGUUCAAGAAAGUGUCUUUAAAGGGGAUCUGAAGAGCCACACAGCAUUGUUACUGGCCAUGCCUACUGCCUGACAACGUCCUACAAGCCAUAGGGAAGCAGCAGAAGAUCGGUGUUCUUGACAAUGAUAUGGAUCAAGACUGGUUUGACUUUUGAACAAUGGAUUUGAUGAAUAAUAUAAUGAAUGAACACAUUCUGUUUUUGACUGAAGGCCGAAGAAAUUCCCCUUCUUAGUGGACGGUGUCUUAGAUGUGCAACAGUUUGAGCCAGAAUACCAUCCAAGACUGGAGUGGUUUGUGGACUUCUGCUGUUGCAUAGUGCCUACACAGAAAGAGGCAGGUACUUCACUGGAAAGAAGAGGACGGGACUUAAAUGCAAACUUCGGAUCUCUUUUUUUUUGUUGUUUUUGCCAAAGGUGUAACUUUUGAAAGCUUCUUAAUAGUUGAUUUUUUAAAAAAACAAUUGUUGCACUUGACCGGUAUAGGGGCUCAGUUUACAAUGCACUGAUGGACUGAUUUAGUUACUGUCUUUUCUUUUUAAUCCUGUUGUGCUUUUGAUACCCAGUUAUGGUAUUGGGGAAUUGUGUGUGUGUGUUCUGUGAUGUGUGAGAAUAUGCAGGGAGGGCACAAUAGCUUCUCAUAUGCAGUUUUUAAAGAUACAACCAUUGGAUGGACGGGCUUUCAUUUGUUCUCUAUAGCAUAUAUUUCUCCUAUUUCGGAGCAAUUUUCAUCAAUGCUGCAGAAAAUGAAAUCCAUAUGAAACCUUUUAAAGAAGUCUGCUGUGUUGUUCAGAUCUGUAGUAUUAUCAGAAUCUCAUGUGUGUAUAUAUUUGGAUGACAGUUUUUGCUUACACGGUUAUUUCAUAGGAGAAUCACUGCAUGUGGUCUCCUGAAAUACAAGAAUGAUCUUCUUUGUCACAUGAAACUGUGUUCGUUCUUUCAUGAUAAAGUAUCUUGGUUACUCUUA